GUAAACAAAGGGAAAGUCACGCAGUUUAAGCCUGAAAUAAAGCUUAUUUCGACCAAAUUUAACAACUUUUGCUAAGCGUAUAUAGACUUCAAUGUUUGGUGGACGUGUUCAGCGGUUGUCAUAGUAGCCGCACUCAUUUAUUCACUUAAAAACACGUUAGCUCGCUCCUGUGUUUGCCGAGGCGUUCUUUUCUAGUGGGGGUUGCCAUGUUUGGGUCUAUCCUUCUUUGUAACACCCCGACAUGAUCGCGACAAACAAAAUAUUCAGAUCAUAUUAUGUGUAACUUAUAUCAACUCAAAAUGAAUAACAUUUUAAUUUCCUAAUUUGUUUUGAUUAGGACCACUAUUUAUUCAAAAAGGGGCAAAUUGACCCUUGGCCAGUCACGUGAUGUCCACGUUUAGUUCAGUAAAACCAAAUGCGGAUUUGUCUGCUUUUUCCAAGUUGCUUCUGCCUAGAGUAAUCAUGAAGUUUUUUAGUCUGUUUGGUCGCCUCAAAUCUGUGGUUAUUGGAAUGGUCCAUGUAAAAGCCUUACCAGGAACACCACUUUCUUCUAUGAAAAUGUCUGAAAUCACAGAGGAGGCUUGUAGAGAGGCUGAGAUCUACAGUGACGCAGGAGUGGAUGGUCUGAUUAUUGAGAACAUGCAUGACAUCCCGUACAUAUUCAGUGUGGGCCCAGAGGUGACUGCGUGUAUGACUGUUGUCUGCUCAGCUGUGAGGAACCAGUGUCCAUUUUUGCCCCUGGGGGUCCAAAUCCUGUCCUCUGCUAACCACCAGGCCCUGGCUGUCGCUUUAGCGUCAGGUCUUGAUUUCAUCAGAGCAGAGGGCUUUGUCUUCUCUCACGUGGCUGAUGAGGGCCUGUUGAAUGCAUGUGCUGGAGAGUUACUCAGAUAUCGUAAGCAGAUUGGAGCAGAGCAUGUGCACGUUUUUACAGACAUCAAAAAGAAACACAGUUCACAUGCUCUGACCUCAGAUGUGAGCAUUGCAGAAACAGCUCGGGCUGCAGAGUUCUUCCUGUCAGAUGGACUCAUUAUCACAGGAAGUGCCACUGGAGUGCAGGCAGACCCACAGCAACUCAAAGAGGUUUCCGAGUCUAUGAAGAUACCUGUUCUGAUUGGCUCUGGGGUGACCUAUGAGAAUGUGGAAGAUUAUAUGGAGGCAAAUGCAAUGAUCAUAGGGUCACAUUUUAAGAAGGAUGGGCACUGGCCCAAUGCAGUAGAUCCACAGAGGGUGAAGAGGUUUAUGAAGAAGGUACAAGAACUUAGACAAUGAGAACUGGUUCAGAACUAAAAUAAAAUAUCAGAACUAACAUAGUUUGCACUUAAAGGUGCACUGUAUAACUUUUAUGAAGGAAGUCACACCACAUGCGUGCUUUCAUGGAGAUGUCAUUGCUUACCCCAAAGUGUUACACGGUAAACUAGUCUAUCUUUAAAACUGCUGUACAAUAACCUAUUAAUGCACGAAAAAACUGAAAAUAUGUGUCCUUACUGUGAGUGGGCUUGCAUCUCCACACCUGAGUCUUACUUGGCCUGGAGGAGGACUUCCUCCUGCUUGUUUCCAUGGAAAUGUUGUUCUUUGGCUAUUUAUCAGUAUCUUGCAAGUGACGUGGCACCUCCAGAAAAUUACAGAUAACGUGGUGAUGUCCUCAGCUCUGUGGAGAGUACAAAUCUGAUGUUGUUUCUAUGUUUCUUUUUUUUUUUUUUUGUGGCAAAAACAUGUGAAAUUGAAUAAAUGGAGUGUCUUAAAUUUAAUUUAAUGCAAAGCAAUAACAUAGUGCACCUCUUAAGAAAAACAGUAAAAUAAUAUUGUGACAUGACUGAAUUAUGAAUACUAACUGUUAGGCCUUACUAUUUUAUCCCUAAUUUAGUACAAUAUAGCAGUGCUUGAAAUAAAAAGUUAAUAACAUCAGAUGCACAGAUAUGUCAAUAUAUUUUCAUAAAUUGAAAUCAUUUGAGUAUAAGGGUGUAUUCAUACAUCCAAACUGGGACUAAACUGGGAUUAAACCGGGAACUAACCCUGGACUAGACUAGGACUAAAUUUAGAAUUGAACCAAACAAAUCUACAUGAGGGCUCGAACUGGGCCCAAACCUAAAAUAAUCUAAACUUGAAAAACACUUAUGCCAUUUCUUGUAAUGCAGCCAUGAAAAUUGAGUAUUUACAUAUUAAAAUGUCAAAGUUUUUCACUUUGUUUAAACGGUGUAGGUAGGCAGAAACUAGGAACUACACCCUACUAUUUACAGUGUCUUAAUAAUGACUUUUGUUCCAUGCUCAUUUCAUUUUUCUAUCAAAACAAUAUUUAUUAUAAUUUUUUUGCACAUUUUAUAAAUAGCCACAUA